CUUCCUCCUCACAUCGCACAUAAUUUUAGAGACAUUUUACAAGAGAGCACAUCGAGAGAAAAUAGAAGAGAAGAGAAGAGAACAUAUCCUGAUCCCCAUGGAGAGAGUUGCAUCGCGCUGCGUCAGCCUUCUCGCACAAAGGAGGGGCUACUCCGCGGCCGCGGCCAUGGUGAAGGGAGCUAGGAGGAGCGCCCCCGCCGCCGAGGAGAAGACCGCUGUCGCGGCGAAGAGCGCAAUGGCGGCCAGGAAGGAAGUGGGCGCUAGCGCGGAGAAGGCGGCGUGGGUGCCGGACCCGGUGACCGGGUACUACCGGCCGUCGGGGGCCCCCAAGGAGGUGGACGCGGCCGACUUGCGCGCCAAACUGUGCUGCUAAGCAAAGCAAGCGAACUCAUUGACGGCCGCCCACUAGAACAUUUCUUCCCUUAAGCCUAAGCAUAAAACUGAAGAUUGUGAGGCGUUUCCACAGCUCUGAUCGAGCAUGGCCACUUUCUCCUAGCGCGACGUGUCUAGGAGAAUUCGCACUCGUAAUUCUCUUUCUCAAUGUUCUCUUGAUACAAGAAUAUAAUUUUGUACUGAUUGAUUAAAUAAAUUUUUUUUCAAAACGGAA